AUGGAUCUAUCAGUUGGCCAGCUUGAAAUUCGUUCAAUGGCAGUCAGCUCGUGUUGCACCCAACUCGCCUCCCUCCUCCCAUCCAAAGUCUCCUUCCCAGGAACCUCCAGCUACGAAACAACACAGUCCUCAUACUGGUCAAUCCAAGAAGCUAGUCUAACACCAUCAUGUAUCGUCAUCCCAUCAACACCCCAAGACGUCUCCCAAGCCGUUGGAAUCCUAUCUUCGAUGCCAGAUUGCCACUUUGCGAUCAAAGGACAUAGCCAUAUGCCAGCUGCUGGAUUUGCGAACAUCGAUGCUGGCGUCACGAUUGAUAUGACGGGAUUAAAUGCCGUUGCUGUUAAUGAUGACCAAACGGUGGUCAGCGUCGGAUCUGGGGGGUCUUGGCUAGACGUUUAUGCUUAUUUGGAUCCGCUGGGUUUAUCGGUUGCUGGAGGUCGGAACGGGCUUGUUGGUGUUGGAGGUUUGACUCUUGGAGGUGGGAUAUCGUAUUUUGGGCCUCGAGUAGGUUGGGCUUGUGACAAUGUUGUCAAUUUUGAAACCCAGAUUGUUCUUGCGUCGGGUCAACUGACGAAUGCCAACGCCUCCUCUCACCCAGAUCUCUUCCGUUCUCUCAAAGGUGGAAUGAACAACUUCGGCGUCGUGACUCGUUUCGAUCUAAGACCUUUCUCUCAAGGAGAAAUUCUCGCUGGAAAUAUCGCCAACCCAAUCUCAGAACGGGAUGCGGUAUUUAAAGCAUUCUCGGACAUCGCUGGAGCGAAGGAGUAUGAUCCGUAUGCAUCGUUGGUUACAGGUCUGAGUUACAAUUCUUCUGUCAAAGGGAGCUGGAGUAUUGCGACGACAGCUGCGUACACGAAGCCGGAAUUGAAUCCUCCUGUUUAUGAUGAGUUGAUUGCGAUUCCAAGCACUGGGAAUACGCUGCAUCUUACGAAUUUAAGUACGCUUUCUAAUGAGACGAAUACGCCCCCUUUGAAUUGGCAAUUCUUGACAGGCACGUAUGGAGUGUCGGCAACUUUGAUGAGCAAGAUAUUCGACAACCUAAACAGCACGCUCUACGACUUCGAGACUCCAGGCUCAUGGGCAUUCUGGAGUAUCGCAUUCGAACCAUUACCGACAGUAUUUACUCAAUACGGUGAUAAAAAUGGUGGAAAUUCACUUGGGACUUCACCAAAAGAUGGCAAUGCAUUCAUCAUGCUUAUCUCCGCACUCUGGCCAAACUCAACAUUCGAUGCAAGUGUAGAGGAAACGGCCGAGAAGUUGACGGCAGACAUCGCGUGUAUUGCUGAGGAAAUGGGUCUGCUACAUGAGUUUCAAUACAUCAAUUAUGCGGACCCUAGUCAGGAUCCGAUCGAUGGUUACGGGCCGAAGAACGUUGAAUUCUUGAGAAAAGUGAGCAGGAGAUAUGACCCGAAGGGAGUCUGGCAGAAGCAAGUUCCUGGUGGAUUUAAAUUAGGAAUAUGAUGCAGAAGUGUUGCGCGCGUGGUAUAAUCUCCUGCUACUUAGCUCAUUAUAUUCUUUCCACUGCUCAGCAGUUUGUGUGCGGUACAGCGCUUUUAGAGCUGGAUGAAUAUGUAUCUGCAGAGUUUUGCACCUCGCAGGCAAUCUUCCCAUGGCAUGGAUAUGCAAUGAACGUGUGAAUCUCAAGUGAGACACUGAGAAUCUUCCUUUGAAGGAGACUCGGUGUAUCCUUGCGAAGUAGCAAUAAAAUAUUCACAGCGAACAAAAAAAAAG